AUGUUUGCCAACCACGGUGUCCCAAAACGCGUGGAUUCCGACAAUGGUCCUCCUCUCAACUCAGAAGAAUUUGCACAAUUUGCUAGCCAGGAAGGGUUUACGCACCAUCGCAUCACACCCGAGCACCCAAGGGCCAAUGGGGAGGCAGAAAGAUUCAUGCAGACCUUCAACAAAACAGAAAAGAUCGCCCAUCUACAAGGAAAGAACAAAUCAGAAAGAGAACUCGCGCUACAAAACAUGCUAAUCGCUUGCAGGGACACCCCACACCCUGCCACAGGGGUUACACCAUAUGAAGCCAUGACGGGCAGACCAAUACGCACCAGAUUAAACCACGCAGACGCGCAGGAAAGUGAUCGAAAUGAAAAGGACAGGGCUAUCGACGAACGAGACAAAGAAUAA